GGAGGGGGAAGGCUAGUCUAUAAAAGCAAUCUGCUUGGGCUUCCUGCGCCAUAUUGAAUCGUUUGCGCUUGAAGAGUACGUUGAGAGAAGAAUAUUAACGCGAAUCGUUUAUAAUUCGUUUAAAUUUGUGUAAAUCCUAUUAAAUAUUGUGAAUUAAAGAAACAGAAUGCAGAUCUUUGUUAAGACCUUAACUGGUAAAACCAUCACCUUGGAGGUUGAGCCUUCAGACACCAUUGAAAAUGUAAAAGCCAAGAUCCAGGACAAAGAGGGAAUCCCCCCAGACCAGCAGAGGUUGAUCUUUGCCGGCAAACAAUUAGAAGAUGGAAGAACCCUUUCUGACUACAAUAUCCAGAAAGAAUCUACUCUCCACUUGGUUCUAAGAUUGAGAGGUGGUAUGCAGAUCUUUGUGAAGACAUUAACUGGCAAGACCAUUACUUUGGAAGUAGAGCCAUCUGAUACCAUUGAAAAUGUCAAGGCUAAGAUCCAAGACAAGGAGGGUAUUCCUCCAGAUCAACAAAGGUUGAUCUUUGCUGGAAAACAAUUGGAAGAUGGAAGGACAUUGUCUGAUUACAACAUUCAGAAGGAAUCUACUCUUCAUUUGGUUCUGAGGUUAAGAGGUGGUAUGCAAAUCUUCGUCAAAACCUUGACUGGAAAAACUAUUACUUUGGAAGUUGAGCCAUCUGACACCAUUGAAAAUGUUAAAGCCAAAAUCCAGGAUAAGGAAGGCAUUCCUCCAGACCAGCAAAGGUUGAUCUUUGCUGGAAAGCAGUUGGAAGAUGGAAGGACCUUGUCUGACUACAACAUCCAAAAAGAGUCUACACUUCAUUUGGUCCUCAGGUUAAGGGGAGGCAUGCAAAUAUUUGUAAAAACUUUGACUGGUAAAACUAUUACCUUAGAAGUUGAACCUUCAGAUACCAUUGAAAAUGUUAAGGCCAAAAUCCAGGAUAAGGAAGGUAUUCCCCCAGACCAGCAAAGAUUGAUUUUUGCGGGCAAACAGUUGGAAGAUGGCAGAACUCUUUCUGACUAUAACAUCCAGAAAGAAUCCACCCUUCACUUGGUGUUGAGAUUAAGAGGAGGCAUGCAGAUCUUUGUGAAAACAUUGACUGGCAAAACUAUUACCUUAGAAGUUGAACCAUCUGAUACCAUUGAAAAUGUUAAAGCCAAAAUUCAAGAUAAAGAAGGAAUUCCCCCAGACCAACAAAGGUUGAUUUUUGCCGGGAAACAAUUGGAAGACGGAAGGACAUUGUCUGACUAUAACAUUCAAAAGGAAUCCACUCUCCAUUUGGUUUUGAGAUUGAGAGGAGGUAUGCAAAUUUUUGUCAAGACCUUGACUGGUAAAACUAUUACACUGGAGGUUGAGCCAUCAGAUACUAUUGAAAAUGUUAAAGCUAAGAUUCAGGACAAAGAGGGAAUUCCACCAGACCAACAGAGGUUGAUUUUUGCAGGAAAACAGUUGGAAGAUGGCAGAACUCUUUCUGACUACAACAUUCAGAAGGAAUCCACCCUUCACUUGGUGUUGAGAUUGAGAGGAGGUAUGCAGAUUUUUGUUAAGACAUUAACUGGAAAAACCAUUACACUGGAGGUUGAGCCCUCUGACACCAUUGAAAAUGUUAAAGCUAAAAUCCAGGAUAAGGAAGGCAUUCCUCCAGACCAGCAAAGGUUGAUCUUUGCAGGAAAACAGUUGGAAGAUGGAAGGACUCUUUCUGACUAUAACAUCCAGAAAGAAUCCACCCUCCACUUGGUGUUGAGAUUGAGAGGAGGUAUGCAGAUUUUUGUCAAAACCUUGACUGGUAAAACUAUUACCCUAGAAGUUGAGCCAUCAGAUACUAUUGAAAAUGUCAAGGCUAAAAUUCAAGACAAAGAAGGAAUUCCUCCAGAUCAGCAGAGGUUGAUCUUUGCUGGAAAGCAACUAGAAGAUGGAAGGACCCUUUCUGACUACAACAUCCAGAAGGAGUCCACCCUUCACUUGGUCUUGAGAUUGAGAGGUGGAUAUUGAUAUAUAAAAUGUAUUUUUUUCUUUAAAGGCUGAUUUUUUAAGUUUUUGCUAAUAAAGGUUCCUUAUUAUAACAUAGAAA